AUGUCCUCAUCAGAGACAUGUCCUCAUCAGAGAGAUGUCCUCAUCAGAGACAUGUCCUCAUCGGAGAGAUGUCCUCAUCAGAGACAUGUGUUCUCAUCAGAGACAUCUGUCCUCAUCAGAGACAUGUGUUCUCAUCAGAGACAUCUGUCCUCAUCAGAGACAUGUCCUCAUCAGAGACAUGUGUCCCCAUCAGAGACAUCUGUCCUCAUCAGAGACAUGUCCUCAUCAGAGACAUCUGUCCUCAUCAGAGACAUGUCCUCAUCAGAGACAUCUGUCCUCAUCAGAUACAUGUUCUCAUCAAAGACAUGUGUCUUCUGUCCUCUGUCUCAGGACCUCUGUCCUCUGUCUCAGGACCUCUGUCCUCUGUCUCAGGACCUCUGUCCUCUGUCUCAGGACCUCUGUCCUCUGUCUCAGGACCUCUGUCCUCUGUCUCAGGACCUCUGUCCUUUGUCUCAGGACCUCUGUCCUCUGUGUCCCCUCCAUCUGAUUGGUCGAACACUAUCAUCUAAAUGA